AUGGCAAGCAAAAGGUCACCAACGAAUAUUUCUGGUCGUAAAACGAAAGAAGUUACGUUAACAUACCAGUCAUCUACACCGAGGGAAACAACUGUGCCUUUAUGGCCUGAAUGGAGUGACCAAGAUAUCAAUAAUGAAAAAUGGGAUUCAUCUCAAAAAUCCAAGGAGAAGACAAAAUCCUCAGCGUUAUCAUCCAAUUACUUUAUUGAUCCUGAAUCGCAGAUUCUUUAUCCACCACCGAUAUUGCCGGCAAGCACAAAAAGACCACAGGAAUUCAUCACUGACAAGGUGGGUCAUAGUUGGUUCAGUUUUGCAGACAGAUAG